AUGGAGGACGCGAUGCCGGCCGGCGGGUGGACGGACGCCGAGGCUACGGGCGCGGGCGCGUCGAGCAGGCCGGACGGCGCGGGCGACGCGCAGGCGUCGCAGUGCGACGGGCGACGGCUGCGAUUCUUCGACCAUGCGAUGCGCAAGGCGUGCUGGGAGAAGGCGGACGUCGUGCCGGGCCGACACCCCGACAGGUGGCGCGUGGACGCGGCGGGCAACACGGUGGGGCGGCGGUUCAACGCGUGCCAGGGGUGCCUGUGCUACGAGUUCGACCACAUCGUGCCCUUCUCCAAAGGUGGGGCGACCUCGGUGGAGAACUGUCAGCUGCUGCAGACGCGGGUGAACCGGUUCAAGUCAGACAAGGACCAGCUCUCACCGCAGGAGUACGCCCAUGCCUCCUGCCACCUCACCCUCACUGACAGGGAUCUAGACCUGGUGGAGAUGGCGGUGUACGGCGAUGUGGUGCGGCCGGGCCUGCAGUGCCGCGUCACCACGGUCGCUGAGGCCAUGGGCGUGCUGCCCCCUGCCGCGCGCCGCCGCCCCUCCAAGCCCCACCAGCAGUACGGCGCGUGCCACUGGCCCGGUGCUGCCAGUGAGGAGGCGCAGGGGAGCCUGCCCUGA